UGCGAGGGUCGUCACUACACAAUUCUCAUCAUUCGGAUCCGGAUGGCCUGAUUUUUCUAGAUUAUUCGACUGUAUUCUUAUGACCAAAGGGGCCGCUAAAUCAAGAGUUAGCUGCGCUGCGUAUUCGUCGUGGGAAUAUCUGUGCAAACACACUCGAUUCUUACUUAGGCCUACAUUUUCGUAAAUUUGGGUAAGGCUAGGGUUGGAUUGUGCCCUCUCUAACCGCCAGUAAAAUUUAAGAAUGGCAGAAAGACAAAAUGAAGAAAUAAGUGAACAGUCAGAAGAGAACGAUGAAGUCCAACAAAAAGAUCAGCAGCUAGAGUUGUCGGGGGAAGAAGAGGUGCUAGAACUUGGCUCCAUAGCUGCAUCACCAGGCAGAAAUGCUACUUUUGAAGAGCUUCUGCAGGCUGCUGACCUUGUCUCCAACAUGUCACUCGUUCACGAGAUUAGCGUUGACAAAGAUUUCAAACUGUCGCCAACUGUUUUACCAGAAAACUCGCUAGAAAAGCAACUGAGAGAUGUAAUGCACAAAGCCUUCUGGGAUAGCCUUCAAGACGAUUUACAUGAAGACCCGCCAAACUAUAAUCGUGCAAUUAGUCUAUUAGGGGAAAUAAAAGAGACACUUGAAAUGCUGAUUUUGCCUCAGAACAGUAAACAACUCGAGGAACUUAAUGAGAAACUUGACACCCAACUAAUCCGCCAGCAGGCAGAGCAUGGGGUAUUAGACGUACACCAGUAUGCAAGUUACAUCAUCUCCUUGAUGGCUCAACUGUGUGCUCCGGUCCGAGAUGAGGAGAUUGAAAAGCUGAAAUCAUUCACCGAUAUCAUUGAUUUAUUUAGGGAAAUUUUGCGUGUGCUGGAUCUGAUGAAAGUUGACAUGGCAAACUUUACCAUAGACUCUCUACGACCACAUAUCCAACAACAAUCUGUUGACUAUGAAAGAAAUAAAUUCAGCGAGUUUCUGAAAACACAGCAAGAUGGACUUGAAAUGACAAGGAAAUGGCUGACAACAGUGAAAGAAGAACUAGCUACGUCAGACCAACCAGAUGCAGGAGUGGCAGUAGCAAGUCGUGUGUCUCCUAUGAAAAUUAUAAAUGGUGCAUAUAUUAAGCUAUUUGAUUGGUCGAAUGAUACUCAAUUUCCAGAGACUGUAAUCAUGGACCAGGGAAGAUUUCUAGAACUAAGGGACCAGCUAAGAAGAUUGACACUUGUUGCUUCCAUUCUAUUGAUCACUUAUACCAAUGUGGGUGUGGCCAUCUCAGGGAAAAAAGGACUCCCUAGCAAGUUGAAAAAAGAAAUAAAGAUUUUACUGGAGGGGACCAAUGAUGAUGCAGCUGCCAUGUUAAACAUUGGAGAAUAUUUGUGUAAAGAAGUGAAUGAGAGCCUAAAGGAGAGCGAAUACCAAAUACUAGAUAGUGCAAACCAAGAAACUCUGAAAAGCCAGCUGCAGGCAGUUGCUGAUAGAAACCACUCUGUACAAAAACUAUUAGAUUCCCGAGCCAAGAGUUUUAUGCUAAAGAUGCUUUCUGCAAGAGGAAAAUUUGAUCCUUCCCAACAUGUACCACCAGGCCUGAAAACCGUUGAGAAAGAGAUUAUAGAAAUUAGUACACGCUUUCAGAAGCUUGUUGUGCAUAACCGACAAGUCUAUGGACCAUUCUACUCGGAAAUCAUAUCAGCUAUGCAAUCCACAGAAUCUACAUAGUAACAAAUAAAGAUAUUUUUAGUCUGCUAAAAUUUAUUUACUAUUUAUUGAGGUAUUUUGUUGUUGUUGGGUUUAGGUAAGAUAACUAUCAUUAUAUAGGCAGACAUGCCAACCCUACAAGGCCAAUAAGAGGAGUAUGAAAAUCUUCUGUGCGGAGUUUUGGCAAUGUGAGAGAAGUAUUCCUAAGACAUGGUACCAAUGUCAUCGGAUUGUAAAAUGUAACCGUUUUUCGACUCACUACAGCAAUAUCGCUGUGCAAGACUAGGCCCUUGGCCUAGGCAGAAAAUCAAUAAUUUUGAUUUAAAACUGACAGGAUACUUUCUGUUAUUCUCGUAUAUUUCGGUGUAUAAGCCGCAAAUUCUAUACGCGAUUUUCCCCCGAAGCUUGGGGUGCGGCCUAUACACCGGUCAUUAACCUACUCCCAAAAAGUUCAGAUCGCGAGCCGCGGCGAAAAUCAGGCGCCGUUUGUCUAGGUUAGGCACAUGCUAGCCCAAUUAAUUAGCCUAGGGUGUAGGACUGGUUUGUAGGUCUAGUAUUUGUAAUUACUGUAUACUCACUAGUAACAGUGCUGUACUAGGAUUCCUACUACGAUUUCUACGACAUUCAAGCAAUGGUUUGGGUUGUCUAAAUAAUUCAUUCAUAAUUACGUUCAUUCAUAACUGCCAAACUACUUUUUGCGAGUUUGGUCCUCGAGGUCACGUGAGCAGCUUAACAAAACACAUGGGCUGGUUUGUUGAAACAUGCUGUUCGACGUCUGGUUCCCGGUGGCUUGUACCGUUAGAGAGAAUGAUCCGCUAUAAUUUCAUAAUAAAAACUUGUGAAAUUAAUUUAUGCUGCGCAUGCGUAAACUUUGUAUCGCACGAUAUUUCUCCACUUCUGUUUUUGUUUAUACGGGUGCGUGUGAAUGCAUGCUCCGCACAGUGGGCUGCGAGUAGUAAUGACUUAGGCCAAUUAUUACCACUAUAUUUAGCUUAAUACCGACUGUUAUUAGUCACCAUAAUAAUAGAAUGGUUGUUUAAAAUAGAUAAACAUACUCAAUAAGUGUUGAAAAUUUAACGUAGCGCGCGCGACCGUAUAGCAUGAAAUAAUAGGGAUUUCCCUAGAGUAAGAGUACGUUGUUUCAUUGCGGUAGCCAGAAGUUUACACGCAUUUCCAGUUGUUUGAUGUUUAAUAAUCAGCCGAAAAAGAUGAAAUUUCUUUAUGUGAACAUUUGUAAAUAUUAUGUCUAAAAAUAAUUAGAAGCUUAACAUUAUGGGAAUGGUUUGGAGCUUAAAAAUAGGUGCGGCUUAUAGACAAGUGACACAAAAAUCGUGAUAUUUCGCGUCCUAAAAUCAGUAGACCGUGGAGCGCGAAUUAAUUUUUCAUAUACAGUUCAGGGUGCAACUCUGACAGCGAUUUGGUGUCAAUGAAAUUGGUUUUUUUUU